GGAAGUGGCCAGCUCAAAGCCCAAUGGCAUAGACGCUAACCUGAUAGCAGAGGACUUUGUAGUUAGUGUCAUUCACAUGGAUUAUGGCAUGAAGGAUAAAAACCCCAUCAACAAUGUCCACUUUUACUGCAAGAAAGAUCCUACCAAAGCCAUCAAGAUCUGCAAAAAACAGGUGUCCAAACUCCUGCCGGAGCGCUUCGCGGAGCAGCUGAUCAGGGUUUACUGUAAGAAGACGGAUGACAAGAGCCUGGAAGCUGCCAAGAAGUACUUUGUCCAGUGGUGCAUGAACAGGGACUUCACCAAACCCCAGGAUGGAGAUGUCAUCGCCCCUGAGCUCACCCCUCUCAAACGGGACUGGAACACGCCGGAGCAGGAUGAUGGCAGCGAUGAAGACAGUCACCCUGGGACGAGAGAGCAGACGCCCAGAAAGACUGGGAAUAACGUGAAACGCAGACUCUGAGGCUCUCAGGAUCUCACACCGCCUGCAUGUUUCUCUGAGAACACUGCCUCUGCUUGAUUUUAUUUUCAGCUUUAAUAUCAUGUUCACUGCCGGGGUUUUAAUGCAACUCGCACCUCUGACACGGAGAAGCUUAAUUAUACAUCAAUCCAGAAUGAACGUGUCUCUCCUGCAUCCAUCAUGUUUCCAUGCAGAGGAUUUUUUUUUUUUAUUAUUUAAAACUUUUUAUCAGGGACUUGCUGUUACUUUUUUCCUUCUGUUGAUCGGCCCUCCUCUCACUCACAGUGUUGUACACGCUCCUGGGUCAAUCGGUCUCGAAGGUGAUGGCAUUUUAUAUAUCUAUAUUUGAGCACUAUAUAACUAUAUUUUUAAACUUCAGCCUCUUUGUGUAAGUCAGGGGUGACUGCCUGGUUGUCUUGGAUCUUCUCAUUUUGUCUAGAAGUCACAGCACAAUCACAUCAAGAACAUUUGAACAGAAAAAGGUUGCAGCUGUUAUGUUGAACCAAUGCAAAGUAUCUGACAAGCCAGAGAAUGCAAAUAAAAAUUCAAUCAUGCAGUCAGAUCCA